GUUCUCAUCAAAAUAGACAUCAGCUCACGGACAUUUUCGGAUAAUUKUUCCUCGAUAUUUUAUCAAAAUGCCCAAGGCAUUCAAAGUCAGAAGUCACACCAAAAAAGCCAUUCAUCCUAACUCUAGGAAAGCAUCCCAGCUUGCAAGGGCUGCACAUAGAUCAGAGAAGCUUCAACAGAAAAAAGAAGAAAGGAAUCAUCUUAUCGAAGCAAAAAUUGGUGAGAAGUGUAGAUGGUUUCAUGAGCACAUAGAUGAGACCAAAAUAAAAUAUACUGCAGAAGAAGUCAGAGAAAUGAUUGAAGAGUAUCUUCAUCGUUUUGAUGCAGAACUGCAAACGAUAGAACAGCUGAAUAAUGCUGUGAAGGGUAGACAGGGUAGAAUCCAUGCYAGCAGAGAAGAUAAAAUCAAAACCAUUGUUAAUGUUGAGACAGAGCUUUUUAAUACUGGUGGACUUGAAAUUCCAGACCUGACAUCAGCCAAGAAUUUGAAACUCUUCAAAGAAUGGAACUGCGACAUGAAGACGUUCUCUCCGAUAACAAUGAAGUCGUUCGUAAAACUGCCUAAUUCAACCUCAAAAACUGAAGAAAACUCCAUAGAAGAACAAACAACAGUCAGUAAGGAACCCAUAGAGGAAAAUAGUCACAUGGAUUCUUAACUUUUUAGCAUGUAAAAUAAGCAACAAUUUAAAUUAAAUCACUAGAAGGGUAGAAUAAAAAUGGUUUUAGUCUUA